ACUAGACCCGGGCGCCCCGCGCGCCCCGCCCCGCCUGACUCCGAGUGGCCGCGGCGCGGGGAGCCCACGAGCCCAGUUUGUCUCCACCGCGCCGCGUGCGCCCCGGAUCGCUCGGGGCGUCCCGGCAGCCGGGCCGGCGGGCCAUGGGCGCACACCCGCUCCGGGUGCCGCCACCUCUGGUGCUGCUGCUGCUGCUGCUGCUGCUGCCAGUGGCCAGCGGCUCCGAGGCCGAGCACCGUCUGUUUGAGCGGCUGUUUGAAGAUUACAAUGAGAUCAUCCGGCCUGUGGCCAACGUGUCUGACCCCGUCAUCAUCCAGUUUGAGGUGUCCAUGUCUCAGCUAGUGAAGGUGGAUGAAGUAAACCAGAUCAUGGAGACCAACCUGUGGCUCAAGCAAAUCUGGAAUGACUACAAGCUGAAGUGGAACCCCUCUGACUACGACGGGGCGGAGUUUAUGCGUGUCCCUGCCCAGAAGAUCUGGAAGCCAGACAUCGUGCUGUACAACAAUGCAGUUGGGGAUUUCCAGGUGGACGACAAGACCAAAGCGCUGCUCAAGUACACAGGGGAAGUGACUUGGAUCCCUCCAGCCAUCUUUAAGAGCUCGUGCAAAAUCGACGUGACCUACUUCCCGUUCGAUUACCAGAACUGCACCAUGAAGUUCGGGUCCUGGUCCUACGACAAGGCGAAGAUCGACCUGGUGCUCAUCGGCUCCUCCGUGAACCUCAAGGACUACUGGGAGAGCGGCGAGUGGGCCAUCAUCCGGGCGCCGGGCUACAAGCACGACAUCAAGUACAACUGCUGCGAGGAGAUCUACCCCGACAUCACGUACUCGCUGUACAUCCGGCGCCUGCCUCUCUUCUACACCGUCAACCUCAUCAUCCCCUGCCUGCUCAUCUCCUGCCUCACCGUGCUCGUCUUCUACCUGCCGUCCGACUGCGGCGAGAAGGUCACGCUCUGCAUCUCGGUCCUCCUCUCCCUGACCGUCUUCCUCCUGGUGAUUACCGAGACCAUCCCGUCCACGUCGCUGGUCAUCCCCCUGAUUGGCGAGUACCUCCUGUUCACCAUGAUUUUUGUCACCUUGUCCAUCGUCAUCACCGUCUUUGUACUCAACGUGCACUACAGAACCCCGACCACGCACACGAUGCCCACGUGGGUGAAGACCGUAUUCUUGAACUUGCUCCCUAGGAUCAUGUUCAUGACCAGGCCGGCCAGCAGCGAGGGCGAUGGUCAGAGGCCAAGACCCCUGCACAGCGCCGAGCUUGCCAGCCUGAGCUGCUUCGGCCGCACGGAGCCCAAAGGCUGCAAGGAGGGCCACCCCUGCCAAGACGGGACGUGCGGCCACUGCCACCACCGCAGGGUGAAAAUCUCAAACUUCAGUGCCAACCUCACGAGAAGCUCCAGUUCCGAAUCUGUCGACGCCAUGCUGUCCCUCUCUACUCUGUCACCGGAAAUCAAAGAAGCCAUCCAAAGCGUCAAGUACAUUGCCGAAAAUAUGAAAGCACAAAAUGAAGCCAAAGAGAUUCAAGAUGACUGGAAGUAUGUUGCCAUGGUGAUUGAUCGUAUUUUUCUGUGGGUUUUCAUCCUGGUGUGCAUUUUAGGGACAGCUGGAUUGUUUCUGCAGCCCUUGAUGGCCAGGGAUGAUGCCUAAGCACUGACUGUGCAUCCGUCUGAGGCAAAUUGGGGGAGGGGGAGCUCUUCCUUUUCUUAAUCGUGAUAAAACAUACUUAACAUAAAAUUUACCAUUUUAACCAUUUUUACAUACACAGUUCAGUGGUGUUAAAUAUUCCUAUUGCUGUGCAACUAUCAUCAUCCAUCUUCAUAACUCUUUGAAUCUUGCAAAACAAACUGUGUAUCAACUAAACAGUAACUCACCUUUCUCCCCUCCCUCCGGCCCUGGCAACGCCAAUCCACGUUCUGUCUCUGAGUUUGGCUACUCUAGGGACCUCAUCUGAGUGGAAGCACCCAGUGUUUAUUAUUUUGUGACUACUUGUUUCACUUAGCAUGUCCUCAGAGUUCGUCCAUGUUGUAGUAUACUGCAGAAUUUCCUUCCUUUUUAAGGCUGAGUAAUAUUCCACUGUCUAUACAGACCAUAUUUUGCUAUCCAUUCAUCUACAGAUGGACACUUGAGUUGUUCCCAUGUUUCAACUUUUAUGGCAAACACUACUACGAACGCGGGGAUACAAAUAUCUCUUUGAGACUUUGCUUUUACUUCUUUGGGACAUAUACCCAGAAGUGGAGUUGCUGGAUCAUAUGGUAAUGCUAUUUUAACUUUCUGAGGAACCACCAUGUUUUCCACCACGGCUGUACCAUUUUACAGUGCACGAGGGUUCUAGUUUCUUCACAUUCUUAUUAACACUUUUCUGAUUAUCUGACAAUAGCCAUCCUCAUGGGGUGAGGUGUUAUCUCGUUGCAGUUUUGAUUUGGAUUUCUCUAAUGAUUAGUGAUGUCGAGCAUCUUUCAUGUGCUUAUUGGCAUGUGUAUAUCUUCUUUUGAGAAAUGUCUGUUCAAGUCAUCUGCCCAUUUUUGAACUGUGUUUUUGAUGUUGUUAAGUUUUAGUUCUAUUUCCUGGGUUUUAUUCCCUUACAGAUAUACGAUUUGCAAAUGCUUUCUUCCCUUCUGCGGGUUGCCUUUUUACUAUAACAGAGUACAUCAAAAUAGUAUCUUUUGAUGUACAGAAUUUUUAAAUUUUCAUGAAAUCUAAGCUGUCUAUUUUUUCUUUUUUAUAUGUGCCUUUUGUGUUAUAUCCAAGAAUCAUUGCCAUAUCCAAUAUCACAAAGCAUUUAUCCUGUUUUCUGAUAGGAGUUUUAUUGUUUUAGGCUCUUUCUUAAUGGUAACACACUUUCUAUCAUCAAGCUGCUGGCUUUGUAUUUUGGCACUUCAAGGUUUACUUGUUAUCCGGUUGUCUUGAUUUUUGUCCAGAAAGAUUCAUGCAAGAAAAAUGUCAAGAGUAUUUAUUAUGGAUAAAUGAACAUUUAACCAGCCUUUAUGGUAAGGUAAAGAAAUGUCAAAAUAGAAUUCUUCUCCAGUGACAAGUAGUAUGCCGUGCACAUGUAAAAAGCGGCUAAAUAUGAAAACCGUUUCCCUUUUUUCCAGUGGUUGAAACAUAACCAGAUAGAAAAACUUGCUGUUCAGAAAUGUGAAAAUCGUUUGGUUCAGUAUCACGACAUAUUUCAGUGGUUUUUCUUAUUUCGCCCAUAAUCGCCGUGACAUUUUAUACGGUUUCGGCAAUACCCCGCUGCUACCGUUUCCUACCAUGCACUUCUUAGUCUUUACUGCUUUUCAGGGGAGUCUAAGGACCAUGUCGCCAUUGUAAAAGGCCUAACUGCUUCAUUUCGCACAAUUCUCAAUUACUAUGCUACGAGAAAGUAUGCCUAGUCACACGUGUCAUUAAAUGCACCUUUAGAACAGGGAUGUUCUGAGCCGGAUGAUUCUGUGUUGUGGGGUAAUGUCCUGUACAUUGUAGGAUCUUUAGCAGCACCCUAGCCUCGACCACGAGAUGCCAGUAACAUUCCCCCAUCCCUUGCCAGUCGUGACAACCAAACAUGUCUCCAAAAAUUAUUAAAUGUCUCCUCAGGGGCAAAAUCGCCCCUGCUUGAGACAAGUUAUCAAGAGUAUCCCAUUACAUUUCUGAAAGUGAAUGAUACUGGCAAAGGGAAGAUCCGUAUAAGAUUUAUUUACUUAUGAAAAUUUUAAGUAACAGUAAUGGAGACAUAAGAGGGAUUAGGGAUGUAACAUGCUAUGAAAGCUAACAGGCAACUUAAAUACACCGAACCAGACUUUCACUCAUUCAAUGGCACUAAACACCUGCCUGCAAUAAAAUGCAAAUAAGACAAGAUGCCCCCCCCACCCCCGCCUUCCAAAGAGCACUGACUUGCACUCAGACGGGGUUACAUACUAUAAAUAAAUGAGGCAUCUGUUCUCUCAAGAGCUCAGAGUUCUAAACAGAAUGCAAGAGUUCUAUUGGCAUUUUCUUCCUGGUCAUAGCUGAAUCAGAGACCUUUAGAGAUGAGAUUUAACUCGUUUACCUGUGAUACAUGAUACUGUACUGAACGAGUAGUAAUAGUCUAAGAUUAAUUGUUGGAAUAAAAUAAAUAAAAUUGAAACAUUAUGUAAAACGUUUGUAUGUAAAAUGAUGUGCUUAUAUCCAGUUAAAAUACUAUCUUUAACCUCGAAGAUGGUUUUCUCACAGAACGAUCUAGCGCUAUCUAUCGACAUGUUUUUAAAACGGGAUUCGCUUAAUUGUCACGGACUCUUUGAAGAUCAAGGAUAAAGAGACGCUACUAUAAUUUAUAUAGAAGAUGGUUCUAUUAAUUGUGAAAAAUGUGGACAAGGGGAUUGAAAUUAACUUUAAGGAGAUGCUACUGCAUGCCCACAGGGGUUGUCUGUUGCAUGAUUUCACAAUGGGAUGUAAGCUACAAAAAUAAUAUAAUAAUUGUUCAGUUUAAGCAUCUGAAGAUUAAAGAAAGCCUUAAAAGA